AGCAACAAGCUAGAGCAUCGCCAUUUUGUCAGGAGGGUUUUUUUCCCCCCCAGCUCAGUCUUUUCAAAUGUUCUCCCUUCCCGCCGGAAUAAUGCUGUCAGUGGAUAUAUUUUUGACGUUUUUGGAUAUCGAGAUGCGUCUAGUGGAUCGGAUUAUUAAGAAGACAAAGAGCCCGACGUUUUAACCUAGUUGAAAUAAUUAGGCGGUGCCGCACUAACUCAGUUGUCCGUGUCUCUGGUCCACCGGGCCGGUUCACUGCGCAGGUUUGGACCGCGCGCCAUUUUGUGAAAAUUGACACAAAAUUCCAAACCAAAAUUUAUCAGAGGACACGGCUUCUGCUUAGUGUUUAAAAUGCACUAGAUGUAAUCGCGUUGUCGCCGCUCAUCGAGGUGACCGACAUUUCAGUCGCAAAGACGAGCGUUAAAUCAGAAUUUGGCAUAACGUUUAUUUAGCGGUGGCUAGAAUCGUUAGCUUCAGGCUAAGUCAAAGGAGCUAGCUGAUGUUAGCUGCCUUCAUUUUGUGAACCAGCUAAGGUUAGCCAGUAAGUUACCCGUGCUAGUUAGCAUGUUGUUGGUCAUCAGCUGAUAGUAACGUUUGAUGAAAUUACUUCGAUCACGGAUGUUGCUCAGCAAGGCUUGGACAAUGAAGCGCGUACUAGAUGUGACUGGUGAGUUAUUUUAGCCGGCCAGAGGACGGGGGAUUGGAUUUACUCGCUAACCGUGCAGGGAGGUGGAGAAUCAAGCUGGAUAAGUUUCCUCAUCAUACAGGUUAUUGGACUUUAAAUGAAGAUCGUGCCAUUAGAGUGGGUUGUGGUUUGCUGCUGGACUCUCCUCCCAGGAUGAUAUGAAAUUAAACAGAAGAUGCAUCCAGGAGGAGAGACUUCAGCAUGCAAACCUUCGUCCGUCCGGCUUGCGCCCUCUUUUUCUUUACACACUGCUGGUCUUCAGAUGGCUGCUCCAAUGCCCCAUACGCACCAGCAGUACAGUGACCGCCACCAGCCAAGCACUGACCAAUCUGUUACAGUCUUACCGUACAGCGACCAGACACCACAGCUCACUGCCAAUCAGAGGCACAUGCCCCAGUGCUUUCGUGACCCAACUUCAGCUCCCCUGAGGAAGCUCUCCAUCGACCUUAUCAAAACAUACAAACACAUCAAUGAGGUGUAUUAUGCAAAAAAGAAGCGACGGCACCAACAGGGUCAGGGUGAAGACUCCAGUCAUAAAAAGGAGAGGAAAGUGUUCAAUGAUGGCUAUGACGAUGAUAACUAUGACUACAUCGUCAAGAAUGGGGAGAAAUGGAUGGACCGCUAUGAAAUUGAUUCCUUGAUAGGAAAAGGAUCGUUUGGACAGGUUGUGAAAGCGUAUGACCGAGUCGAGCAGGAAUGGGUUGCCAUUAAGAUCAUCAAGAACAAGAAAGCUUUCCUCAAUCAAGCCCAGAUAGAAGUGCGCCUCUUGGAGUUGAUGAACAAACAUGAUACCGAGAUGAAAUACUACAUUGUUCAUUUAAAGCGACACUUCAUGUUUCGGAACCACCUCUGCCUCGUGUUCGAGAUGCUGUCGUAUAACUUAUACGACCUGCUCCGAAAUACCAACUUCCGCGGAGUCUCGCUCAAUCUCACCCGGAAGUUUGCCCAGCAGCUAUGCACGGCGCUACUCUUCCUGGCCACGCCUGAGCUCAGCAUCAUCCACUGUGACCUGAAGCCCGAGAACAUCCUCCUCUGUAACCCAAAGAGGAGUGCCAUCAAAAUAGUGGACUUUGGCAGUUCAUGCCAACUGGGACAAAGGAUAUACCAGUAUAUCCAGAGUCGCUUCUACCGUUCCCCAGAAGUGCUGCUGGGAAUGCCCUAUGACCUGGCCAUCGAUAUGUGGUCCUUGGGUUGCAUCUUGGUGGAGAUGCACACUGGAGAGCCUCUCUUUAGUGGAGCCAAUGAGGUGGAUCAGAUGAACAAAAUAGUUGAGGUUCUUGGGAUCCCGCCUAAUCACAUAAUGGACCUAGCCCCCAAAGCCAGGAAGUUCUUCGAGAAGCUUUCUGAUGGUACAUGGAGUGUUAAGAAGACCAAAGAUGGCAAAAGGUAUAAGCCUCCAGCUUCGCGGAAACUCCACUCUAUCCUGGGUGUGGAGACAGGGGGUCCCGGUGGCCGACGGGCGGGGGAGUCCGGCCAUGCUGUUGCUGACUACUUGAAGUUCAAGGACCUGAUCCUUCGGAUGUUGGACUAUGACCCUAAGAGUCGCAUCCAGCCCUACUAUGCCCUGCAGCACAGCUUCUUCAAGAAGACUGCUGAUGAGGGGACCAAUACAAGCAGUAGUGUGUCUACAAGCCCCGCAUUAGAGCAGUCACAGUCUUCUGGAACCACCUCCAGCACCUCCUCUAGUUCAGGAGGAUCAUCUGGGACCAGCACCAGUGGCAGAGCGAGAUCAGACCCGACCCAUCACCACUUGCACAGUGGAGGACACUUUGGCACGACGAUGCCUGCAAUCGAUGGUGACAGCCUCUGUCCACAGGCGAGGCAGCCUUACCCGCCCCCGCUGGUGUGGGGAGGUGGCGUUGGACCUGAGUCAGUCACUGGAGAAACCCACCCAGUUCAGGAGACCACCUUCCAUGUUCCCCCCCAGCACCCUAAGGCCCUGCAUCCCCACUCACACACUCAUCACCACCAUGGGCAAAUGAUGGCUACUCGUCCACGUCCACGCCACUACACCUCCCCGACACACAGCUCUUCAACACAGGACUCCAUGGAGGUGGUUCAUGGCCAUCUGUCCAUGACCUCCCUGUCUUCCUCUGCCUCCUCUUCCUCUACAUCAUCCUCUUCCACUGGUAACCAUGGCAACCAGGCCUACCAGCUCCGCCAUUUACCCGCUGGAGCCCUUGACUUUGGUCAGAAUGGUGGGCUGAGCAUGGGGCUAGGUGCCUUCUCGAACCCACGGCAGGAGACUGGCAUGGCAGCGCACCCUGCAUUCUCCAUGGGCACGAACACAGGGCCUGCCCAUUACCUAGCGGAAGGUCACCUGGGCAUGAGGCAGGGCAUGGACCGGGAGGAGUCUCCAAUGACUGGAGUAUGUGUGCAGCAGAGUUCUAUGGCCAGCUCGUGACUGCACUGACAUUUGGCUGUGUGUUCCCCCUGUGCGUCAUUUUUAAGGUGGUGUUUUUUACUACAAGGUGUGUUGAGAUCAAAAGCUGCUCACGUCAGAAGGGAGAUAUCACUGAACCGCUACUACAGAGAAAAACCUUUGUUAAAAGUAUAUAUGUAAUUUUUAUCAGUUUUUUCUUUUGCAAUCAUUAGGCACAAAAUAAUACUGCAGAAUAACCAUAGUGAGAUUGAGACAUCCAUCUUACCAUUUCACCAGUUUCAUGUAACCACGAAGUAAUCACCAUAUGGUAUUAUGUGGCAAAACCUUCUAAGGAGCGUUUCAGAGCAAAGUUUGAAGCUGAUCUGCAGCGAGCUGUUGGUGAUGAAAUGCUUGGUGUCCUUUAGGUUCAAACCGUGGAGCGCCUGACAUUAUUGUUCCACUGGUUGGUAAUUAAUUUUGCCCUCUUUUUUUUUUUUUUUUUUUGUGAAAUUUCACAUCAGAGCUGCUUGUAAAUCCUGUAGCUUGACAACGAGGGGAAGUGUUUGCAGUGAUAUUUCUUGUUGUUGGUCGGUUUUGUGUGACUCUGUUAAAGGGGAGCACAUAGCAGUGGAGUCCCUAUGCGUGUGCUGGCCGGGUGGAAAGAAGACCCCGUAGGUGGAUGCUGACACCAACCGGGUUAAAGGAGAGGGAAGCACCACCCCGUAGGCCUAGAGGUCCUGUGGUCCUGCAAGCUGCAACCGGGCCCGGCACAGGCGAGAGCAGCGAUGGGCGUGGGAGACGAAAGGAUCCGGCCCAGGGAAAGGAAGACAAGUCAGUGGCUGGUUCUAGAUAAUCCUUUGGCCUUAUGACUCAUGGACUUGGAAUGGAAUGGAGAUGGACAUUAUCAUUCGAAUUAAGAUGGCUUUUCUCUAUUUUUCUCUCUAGACAGCCCUUAAUUCUUUAAGGAAAUUAAAACAAUGUAGAAAUGGUAAAUAAGAAUGGUAAUUUGAGGCCUUUCUUGACAAAGAUUUCGUCUUCAGCAGGGCCCCACAUAACAGGGUCUUAUUGUACACAACAACCUCCUAAACAUUACUUCCUUGAAAUUCACUGGUUAAGGAUUUUGCAGUGGAAAGAACUAUCUAUUCCAGAGUCUACCCUUUUAUGUUUUUAUUUUCCCCCCUUUUGCAUGUAGUCCCUCAUCAGAACCACCUGCACAAGUCUCUCCAUCUAAAACAAGGAAACUGAAGAAAAAAAAAAGAGUUAAGUGACUGCCUUUUUUCUCCUCAAAUUAUGCUGUGAAUUUUACAAGAAUUUAUUUUCCCUUUGGAUAUGUUUUUAUACCAAAGCAGUUGUUUUAUAGCAUAUAGGUGUCUGUAACCAAUAAUGUAGCAGUUCACCACUUUGACGCAAACUUUAUCAAGAUCUUAUUUUAACGUCAACACAAACAGCUGCAAUAUAUUCCUUUAGCAAAACUGGAGACCGUUGUCGAGAUCGUUGGCUGUUGUGUAUUCUGGCCAGACUUGUUUGCAACGUUUUACCAAAACUGUUUCCAUAUUAAUUGGUAGAUUAUUUUGGGAGUCUUUUAAAACUUCAGUAUGUUUAGAAAAUUUGGUAGUUACUCUGCAGGCUCCGGAGUAGCGAGAUAGAGGCUGAUGGUUUUAAACGAAAAAAGGAGACUAAUGCGUUCUAUUUCUGUCAUCGUUUUCUUUCUUUUUUUUUUUUUUUUUCAUUUUUGUUUAUUUCCCCUCUCCCCCUCCCCUCCCCCCAUCAUACUAUUUCAAAGGGUGUUGCUGCCUUUCAUACAUCAUUUGGUCAACUAAGCUAGUUUCUGCCGUGAAGUGAAGCAAGACUUUGUCGUUGCCUUGCCAGGGUAAGAAGAACUGGCGAACCGGUUUGUGUUUAACGGUAUAGUUCUGAUUUUGGCAGGACGAAUCCCUGUGAUUGUCGUCCUUUUCAAAGGUAAAGGGUGUUUCGUCAGUCCACCUUAGCAGUGCUUUCGCCUAGGCAGACAUGCAUGUCCUCAAAACAUUUAGUCAAUUACCCGAUUUCUUUUUCUUUUUGUUAUAUCAGGGAUUUAAAAGUGCUUUCCUCCUUCUGUUGCUCAUUUUGUCACUUUUAAAAUCGAAAAACAAAACUAGAAAAAAAAUCUGCCCACAGUCACCUUGCAGUUAAAGAAGGGAGACAGGUCAUGCCGUUGUCAUUUUGUAAGGGGAACCAUCCCUAGCAGUCAUGCUUGGUAUUUCCACAAACACAAAUGUAAAGCUACCUAUAUUGAGAUUGGGGUUUUAUCUGGAUGUCAAGGUUAAUUGCAUAUUUGCAAUCAUUUUUCAUACCCCGCUGAAUUUGAGACAUUUAGAUCUUGUCAGUGGUUUUUAUUGCUGGCACUCAUACUGGUACUAAACAUUCCAAAAAUAAAGACUGAAAAAGAAAAAAAAUUGACUGCUGUGACUCGUAAGUGUGCGCCUAUUUCAGAUCAUGCUGAUUGACCACUUAUUUAGAGCAGUUGUCAUGAAAUGCAGCCCCUUUUUAAUAGUUGAAAUAGAAUUUAUGUAUAUAUUUAUAUUUUUUUAAUAAAGGAAGUAUAGAACUCACUACCUUGCUCCUGCUGGUAUGUUGAUUAUGUUUGUCAAUUUGGUGACCAUUCAGUGGGCAGGAUCUGUUUCUUUGUGGCAAAACCUUGCCUUUUGGUGAAGGUACUUGACUACAUCAGGACAACACUAUGAGGUAGGGUUUGAAUCAAACAGGGAAAGCUAGAUCUUCAAACCUUAAUAAUUUUCACAGGGUAUAUUGUAAGUGCAUGUACAUCACAAACCUUACGUUUUGGUUAUAUGAGAAGCACAUGGUUGAAAAAAAAGGAUCCAUCUUUCAUAGGCCUGUUCAGUUUGUGGGUUAUACACGAACGGAGUCUCGGUAACAUAUCUGAACACCCAAGAGAAGUCAAGUCUUUAUUUACCUUGAAUUUAUCUUUUUCAUUUUUGGUUUCACAUUUUUUUCCCACUUUUUUUGUACAUGCUACAUGCACUAUAGAAUUGAACAGCAUGGGGGAAAGGAUAAGUCCAUGUAUCCACAGAUUGUAAGAUCUAGUCAAGACUUUGCUGUGUUUAUGACAAUGCCCUUUGUAUUAUAUUAAGACAGUCUUAUGUAUGAUAUAUAAAAAGAAGUUAAUUGAA